AUGUCUGAUUACUCUGCAUCUCCGUCCGACCAUCACAACGAAAUCCAAGCACCGAAACGAAAAGCCACCGCGGCCGGCCUCGAUGGACAUGGAACAGGACGUUCAGUAAAGAGGAGGGCUUCGAAAGCGUGUCAAUGUUGUCGAGCUCGAAAAGUGCGAUGCAAUGUCACAGAGCACGGCGCUCCUUGCACAAACUGCAGACUGGACGAAGUCGAGUGCAUUGUGUCGGAGAGCAGGCGCAAAAAGAAAUGGAGCAAAGAUGACGACCAAGCCACAGAAAACGCAAGCACAACUGCACCUGCGACGCGCAAGAUCGCAUCGCGUGACGCGCUGGACGGUGCGCAAACCUUGAACCGAAGCUCGUCGCGAGGAUCACAUGAGGCGGAAUCAAGGCGAGAUGAGCAUGUGCCUCACUCAAUAUACCAAAGUCAUGGCCAUCGUAUCAACUCUGUCGCCAGUAUCUCAGAUAUUCAGCGCCGACUUUCCAUCACGUCACAAAUCAAUGGCUUGCCUACACUACCAUUUUCGCCGUUUUCCAAUGAACCACGAGCACCCUUCUUUGGAAGCAUACCACAGAAACCCGCCCCUGGAGAGCUACCGCGAUUCAUCAAACCUCUCCCGGCGAAGAUCGGACCUGACGAGAUCGCCUAUCUGGAGAAAAAAGGUGCCUUGACCGUACCAAAGGGAAAUCUUCGCGGUGAAAUGCUUCGCGCAUACGUCGAAUUUGUCCAUCCCUAUAUGCCACUUCUGGAUCUGCAUGAUUUCUUGUCGAUGGUUGACAAACGAGACGGAAGCAAAGGAAAAGUCAGCUUGAUCCUGUUCCAGGCCGUCAUGUUCGCCGGAUCGGCGUUUGUUGAUAUGGAACACUUGCGCACAGCGGGCUACGCUACUCGGAAAGACGCGCGCAAAGACUUCUUCCAGAAAACUAGAAUCUUGUACGACUUCGAUUAUGAGUCCGAUCGCGUUUCACUAGUCCAAGCACUGUUGUUGCUGACGUAUUAUUACGAAACUCCCGAUGACCAGAAAGACACCUGGCACUGGAUGGGCGUCGCUACAUCGGUUGCUCACACCAUCGGAUUACAUCGCAAUCCGGACAACACCAACCUGGACAGCAAGCGCGUUAAGUUGUGGAAGCGGAUAUGGUGGUCAACCUAUAUGCGCGACCGGCUGAUUGCACUUGGCAUGCGACGCCCUACAAGGAUAAAGACUGAGGACUUCGACGUGCCCAUGCUGACGUUGGAUGACUUUGAGAUUGCACCUCUUCCGGAUUCGAUCACUUGCCUGCCAGCUGACUGCCGUAUUGCGAGGGAUGUGGAUGCGCAGCGACAACUAGCUAUCAUGUGCAUUGAGAAGGCUAGGCUGUGUCUGUGCAUAUCCCAUGUGCUUUCUAAGCAAUACUGCGUAUUGAACAACAACCACGGCCUACAAAAUGACCGUACAACCAUGAUGCUGCUGCCGAAGAAACUAGAUCCCGAAACUAGUGAGGUCAAGGCCUGCGAUGAAGAGCUCCAAAAAUGGGUAUCAGAGCUUCCAGAAGAAGCCAAGUACACGGACACACCAAGCGGCGAAGCAGCCAUCGAUCUUGCAAGGUCACUACUGCACAUGGUCUUCUUCACCACGUUGUCAGCGUUGCAUCGACCGCAGGUUCUACCAAAUUCACAAGGCGGCCCAGCCAGCGCUCCGACAAAGGAGAAUGUUGAGUCUGAAUUGCUCGAUGUCUCGCGCCGUAAUGUACGCCGGGCUGCUUCAGCAAUCACAUCGAUAGCUCAGCGUCUAGACGUGGGUGGUCUCGUCAAAUACCUACCGACCACAGGUGUUACGGUUCUGCUACCAGCAAUCAUCAUCCACCUACUUGACAUCAAAGCUCCAGAGGAGGAGACUCGUCGAACUUCUCUACGUGGUUUCUGCCAGUGCAUGGCUGUUAUGGGUAAACUGCGGGAUCUCUACGCUGCCGCCGACUACUCAGUAGCCUUUUUGGAGGCCGCUAUCCGCAAGGCAGGUAUUCAUGUUGCUCCUGUAGGAGCCGCUCCAGCUGCGCCAAUGCCCAAGCCUUCGCCCGUCACUACAGUCGAAGAUCUUGUAGAUGCUGGAAGGCGAAUGGAGAUGAUCAACAACGCGACUACAGGAACACAGAACCUACGUCCUUCAACAUUGACACCGCCGCCAGACAACGGUACCACCAACAUGCACGCUCUCGAGAAGCAGCACGACCAGCCUAAUGUCACCGAUGAGGAAGUCGCUCGGCGUCUCGAAACGUUCCUCGCAUCUACGCCACCAGAGUCCGAUCACGAGCACAUGCCUAGUAUCACUAUUGCCGACGAAUCACACAUGGACGGUAUCACGGCUUCUGCGUCAGACUCGCACACACACGACAAUCUGAACUCGAUGGCUUUCAACAAGUGGAGUACGAUGGACCUUCCUGCGAAUCCAUUUACCAACAACAUCAACCACCACCAGGACGACGAGAUGCUGUUCUCCAGCCUGCCACUGAAUAAUGAGUUUGAUGACGGCGAUUUCGAUCAGCUGCUCAACUUGGAUGCAGUUGGCGAGGCAUUCAACUUCGACGACUCAGCUCUUGACGCCAACAUGGGCAUCUCAGGUGGACUAGGAGAUGUAGACUGGCUGAACACUGGUAACGAUCUUACUGCUGAGGCAUAA